GAUGCGCGGCGGCGGCGGCAGGAGGCGGAGGCGGGCGCGGAGGAGGCGGCGGAUGGGGGGGAUGCGGCGGCUCCUCCACGGCACACGCUGCCUGGUCUCGCCCCUGCCCGCGCUGGGCUGAGGCGGCCCCGCGCCGGGAAGCCCCGGCAGCGGCGGCGGCACCUGGUGCCGGCGGGCGCCGGGCCGCAUGAACAAUAGGCGGCGGUCCCGGCCCCGCCGUCUCCCGCAGCGCCCGGCUGCCGCGGGCGCCUCCCCCUAUGGAGCAGCCUCGCCAUGGAGCCCCUCACCGAGCUCAGCCAGGAGGGUGCGGGCGGCGGGGAGCCGCCGGGCGACGGGCCUCUCUGGACCGCUGUCUUCGAAUACGAGGCGUGCGGCGAGGACGAGCUGAGCCUGCGGCCGGGGGACGUGGUGCAGGUGCUGUCCCGGGACUCACACGUGUCCGGCGACGAGGGCUGGUGGACGGGCAAGAUCGACCAGCGCGUCGGCAUCUUCCCCAGCAACUACGUGAGCAGCGGCGUGCAGGGGGGCGGCCCGGAGCUGCGCGCCCGAUACCCGCCGCCCCCCGCCAUACAGCUCCUAGAGAUCGACUUCUCAGAGCUUGUUCUGGAAGAAAUCAUUGGCAUAGGGGGCUUCGGAAAAGUGUAUCGAGCUGUAUGGAUAGGAGAUGAGGUUGCUGUCAAGGCAGCUCGCUAUGACCCUGAUGAGGACAUCAGCCAGACCAUUGAGAAUGUCCGCCAAGAGGCCAAGCUCUUUGCGAUGUUGAAACAUCCCAACAUCAUUGCCCUCAGGGGCGUGUGUCUGAAGGAACCUAAUCUUUGCCUGAUCAUGGAGUUUGCCCGCGGAGGAUCGCUCAAUAGGGUGUUGUCUGGUAAAAGGAUACCUCCUGACAUACUGGUGAAUUGGGCAGUGCAGAUUGCCAGGGGAAUGAACUACCUGCACGAGGAAGCAAUUGUUCCCAUAAUUCACCGUGACCUCAAGUCCAGCAACAUACUGAUACUCGAAAAGGUGGAAAAUGGAGAUCUGAGCAACAAGAUGUUGAAGAUCACGGAUUUCGGCUUGGCCAGGGAAUGGCAUAAAACUACCAAAAUGAGCGCAGCUGGGACAUAUGCCUGGAUGGCUCCUGAGGUCAUCCGCUCUUCCAUGUUCUCCAAAGGCAGCGAUGUUUGGAGUUACGGUGUGCUGCUUUGGGAACUGCUAACAGGAGAAGUACCAUUCCGAGGAAUCGAUGGUCUUGCAGUAGCGUACGGUGUUGCUAUGAAUAAGCUUGCCCUUCCGAUCCCUUCCACGUGUCCUGAGCCUUUUGCCAAACUCAUGGAAGAUUGCUGGAACCCUGAUCCACACUCACGACCUUCCUUUGCCACUAUCCUAGACCAUCUUACUGCCAUCGAAGAGUCUGGUUUUUUUGAAAUGCCCAAAGAUUCCUUCCACUCCCUGCAGGAAGACUGGAAACAAGAGAUCCAAGAAAUGUUUGAUCAGCUCAGAGCCAAAGAAAAGGAGCUGCGCACAUGGGAAGAAGAGCUGACUCGUGCUGCUGUUGAACAGAAGAACCAUGAGGAGCUGCUACGAAGGCGCGAACAGGAACUGGCAGAACGUGAGAUUGACAUCCUGGAAAGGGAGCUCAACAUCAUCAUCCACCAGCUGUGUCAGGAGAAGCCUCGGGUCAAGAAACGCAUGGGGAAGUUCAAGAGGAGCCGGCUCAAGUUAAAAGAUGGCAAUCAUAUCAGCUUGCCUUCAGAUUUUCAGCAUAAAUUCACUGUGCAGGCUUCUCCAACGAUGGACAAAAGGAAAAGCUUGAUCAGUAGCUGCUCCAGCCCUCCUGCAAGUCCUACCAUUAUUCCCAGACUCAGGGCCAUACAGUUGACACCUGCUGAAAGCAGUAAAACAUGGGGACGAAGCUCAGUCCUUCCAAAGGAGGAAGGAGAGGAAGAAGAGAAGAGAGGCCAGAAGAAAAAGGGACGCACCUGGGGACCAAGCUCACUUUGUCACAAGGAGCUAGGUGCAGGAGAAGAGGGUCUGAAAGCUCUGGUAGAAGGAUGCAAGCAGUGGUCAUCCAGUGCACCAAAUCUUGGGAAGAUCCAGAGAACUGCACCUGCUUUCCCAGGAUUCACCAGCUUAGCAGAGAUGGAUGAUGAGGACAGCGAAUGUUUUAAUGGAGAGGGCAAAGUGCACCCUUCACCUGUGCAUAAUCAGUCAUACCUCUGCAUCCCAUUUCAGAAGAAUGAAGAGUGGGAUGGCCCUUCUAGUGAUGCCAAUGAGGAAUCCACCCCUGUAAACUCUGCUACCAGUACCCCACAGCUGACACCCACUAACAGCCUCAAACGUAGCAGCUCCCACCACAAGCGAUGUGAGGUUGCAUUGCUUGGUUGUGGAGCAGUGCUGGCUGCUGCAGGUCUGGGUUUUGACCUGUUAGAAGCAGGGAAAUGUCAGCUGCUGAUUGAGGAAGAGCCAGAGGUGCCCAAGGAAGAGAAGAAGAAACGUGAUAGCAUUUUUCAGCGAGCUGGACGCCCACGCAGGAGCACUAGUCCCCCUUCCCGGAAGAUCUUCAAGAAGGAUGAUCCCCUGUUGUUGCUAGGCGAGCCAUCCACAUCCCUCACCCUUCUUUCCCUGUCUUCCAUUUCUGAAUGUAAUUCCACCCGGUCCCUGCUGCGCUCAGACAGUGAUGAGAUUGUGGUUUAUGAGAUGCCUGUCAGCCCAGUGACAGUCAAGGCUCCCUUGCCAGCCAUUACAAACCCUCUGGUCAAUGUCCAGAUAGAGAGGUUCAAACAAGACCCCAACCAAUCCUUGACUCCCACACACGUGACAGUCUCUUCCCACACCCAGCAAAGCGGACACAGGCGCACACCUUCUGAUGGAGCCAUCAAAGGGAGUGGACUGGUUGUCAAUGGGUGCCCAACCAGUGGAUGCCCUUCCAGCAGCUGUUUAACUGGAGCACUGGGAGCAGGUGUGUUAAAAACACCUAGUCCAAGCAGAGAUCCCGGUGAGGUCCCUCGCCUGCCAGACCCCAACCUUGUUUUUCCUCCAACCCCAAGACGAUGGAAUGCACAGCAGGAUCCCACACUGGAAAGACCCAAGACACUGGAGUUCCUGCCCCGGCCACGUCCUGCAGCCAGUCGGCAGCGGCUUGAUCCCUGGUGGUUUGUGUCACCCAGCAAUGCCAAGGGUGAAUCUUCUGCCAACAGUUCAAGUACUGAUACUCCAAGCAAUCUGGACUCUUGUUUUGCUAGUAGCAGCAGCACUGUAGAAGAGAGACCUGGACUGCCUGCACUGCUUCCUUUCCAGGUGGGUCCUCCUGCAGAGGAGCGGACACUAUUGGACAUAGAUGCUGAGGGGCAGAGCCAGGACAGCACCAUUCCGCUAUGCAGAAGUGAACUUAACACACACAAAGCUGCCGCAUAUGAACUCAAGCAAGAAUUCUGGUCUUAAUAUGAAACCACUGGGGGCAGUGAGCCCCUCUAAAUUCAAUCCUACUUUUUGCACUGAGAAUGCACUUUGAAAACAGAUGAGAUGGAGGGAUGCUACAGAGAUCAUAUGGUGCUGCCUCUGCUGAAGAUGUGUUGUCAGCUGCCUGAUUUUUGUCUGCAUUUGGGUGAAACUUGGCUACUCUGAGCUGCUGACUUUUGCUGUGGGGUUUUUCUGUAGUCUUCCCUGCCCUCUUAUUGCAGUUUGAAUCUGCAAUGAGCUUAAAUUAUCAUAUCAAAGUCUUUUGUUACUGACCUUGUAGGAUUUGGCUCUUGCAGUAAGUAUAUUGGUAUCUAUCCUGGUAUUAAUCAGUAUUUUCAAAUAAUAUUCAACUAUUACACUACAGCAGACAUCAGUGUUUGAUGUUUUCCCAAGGAAUCCAGAACAGAAACAAAUAAAUAUCUGGAGACUACCUUCUCUGAAAUACAUUCAGAUCAUUAGACAGGCCUGGGAAUCAUCAUACCCCCACUGGAAGAGCAGAAGUAGCUAUCUUAAGACUUGUUUGUCCUCUUUUGUUCAUGUGAUGUUGUAAGGUGGAACAGAUGGCAGGGAAAGGAAGGGCACGGCGUCUCCACCGGUGGAGGUCUUUGAAAGCAGGUGAACCAGACUGUUGGAAACAAGUAGGUGUAGUUGAUCCUGGCUUCAGGGUAGGUUGGAUGAACUUCACUGGUCUCUUGAGGUCCCUCUCAGCUGUAUUUUUUUUAUGACCCUGUGCUUUCAAGAUGAAGGCCUAUGGCAUAGCUGUUUAGCUUGUUAUUUUUUUUUUCAGACUUUCAUUCCAUCAGUCUCUUUUUUUCCCCAUCCUGUUUCUCAGGCUCUUAGUCAAGUUGCCUCAGCUUUGGGAGGGGAGUUAGCAGAAACUUUCUUUAAAGAUGUGUUGGCUUGCAGAAGUAGGUUAUGUGUUUCCAGAUCUUUUUCUUUCUGUUUUUUUCUCAUUUCUUAUGCCUUGUAAGAGUGACCCAUGAAACCCAAGACUGUUCUUAUGCACACUGGUACUUGUUUAAGGCUGUUUUGAAAAUGAGGGUUGUUAAUAGUUGGAUUGUGCGAACACGAGUCGGAACAUCUGGAUUCUGUUUUAUUUUGUCACUGACUCACUGUGUGACCCUGGGCAAAUAAUGUAACCUCUGUGCCUGAAUUUCCCCAUCUGUAAAUAAUAGGAAUAAUACCUACCUCACAAGGGGAGGGGUUGGGACAUAUAUUAUAGGUAUAAACUCCUUUGAGAUCUUUGAGUGAAAGGCACUAUAGAUAUGUAGAACUUUAUUCUUGUUCAAAUAUUUAAAACACUCCUAGAUCUGGAGCAAGAACAGACCCCUGUCUGGAAGGAGGAAGUCACACAAAUAGGGUGUGCCUAUGCUCAGAGUUUUCUGUACAAAGACUUCAAGUGUGUCUGUGCCACUGCAGAUAUGUCUUACUGGCUGUAAUAAGAGCUUCAAUCUUCCCCAAAUUUGGCAUUAUAUAUAAGGGAUGUGGCCUUUAUAUGACUGUAAUAGAGUAGUCUCCUUUAUUGCAGGGUACAGCAUGUCUGUUCACUGUUUUUGUAAAAAUCAGUGCUUGUUUUGCAAAUCUGCUGAUACUUGGUUGGAAAUAAUUGUUUGACAGUGCUGCCAGUGCAGUGCUCAGCCUGUUGGGGCAGUCCAGUCCGUACAGGUUGUUCUGUCACAGUCCUGCUGUGAAGGCAGUAGAGCUGAAUACUUCCUGCUGCUGUCAGCACAGUGAACCUGUGUGUUUAGAUGUUUGUAACCUCAUUUUAAAAACCAGCAUGUGUGGGGAAGAACUUUAUGUGAGGCUUUUUAGUUCUGAGUUUUAGUUUAGUUUAGGACUGAAAUCGGCACGUUCCCAUUAGUCAAAUGCCCUAUUUUUUUCAAGCAAUUACGGUUUGUUUUGUUUUGAAAGGUCACAUAUUUCUUGUUUAUAAUAUUCCAUGGGAAAUUCUUAAUGGCAGAAUUACUUUCUGCUGUCCUCCCUGUUAAAUGCUCCAGAGCUAGCCUUAAUGGUGCUGCACUAGAUAUUGAAGCUGGUUUAGACAAGGUAUUAAAAGGCAAGGUGGGAUUCAGAUACUUAAAGAAAACUUACAUUUCUUACUCUUUUGUUAAAUUUAGACCUUUAGCAUUAUUGAUUUCUUAAGCAUCCUUUUGCUUUUCAUUCCUGAAAACUAAAUUUGUGAUCCAGACACUAGCAAAAAGACAAAACUCAUCCAACAGAUUGCUAAUUUUGAUUGUGCUAUAAAUCAGCUUUAAGGUAAUCUGAGUAAGAGGCUGUGUCAGAGGGAUUUAAAAGAAGGACAUUAAAAUAAUCUAUUUUUCAUAGUCUUCCUUAUAAGUUUUAAAAGUCUGGAACAAAACUGAAUCAGCUGUUCUGAAAUGUAAUGUUUUCUAUCCGAAAGGUAUCUUUAUAAAUGUCAUAGGGAGUAUCGUCUGCUCUGCAAAGGCAUCACCUGAAAUAGCUCCAUUUGAACAGAAACCUUUAAAAUCCAUUUAUUUGCAUGAAAUGGGGGGCCACCUUUCUAGGUCACCUGAUACAACUCAGUCUGCUAAACUUUCUAAUAGCUGGCCAGUUGAUUUCACCAUAUGAACUUUUAAGGUUUCUGUCAAGUUCCCAGGAAAGACAAACGUAAAGGCAAGUUGUUCUGUCACCUCGUUUUUGUAAGUUGAGGAUAAAAACUUAAAGCCCCCCUUGAUCCUCCCCCUUUUAUAUAAUCACUUGGUGAAGGUGCUAUGUAGCUGAAUUUUGAGAAGUGUUUUGCUUCAAAGAGUAUCUUCCCUAGUACCAAGUGGACAUGGCUACAUCAAAUAACUUGGUAGAACAGAGGACAAGAGUCAAGGAUCCAGGUCAGGGUUACCGAACUAGAUACUGUUACUACAAAGCUGCCAGACAGACUAGUUAGAAGUACAUUGGUUGGUAUGUGUUUGAUUUGUGGUUUUUCUUUGUUUUUUUCUUUAACCUUUCUUAGAUGCAAUUAUCUUCAUUAAAUCUAGCAUGUGAAUUAACCUGAGGCAGUCUUUGAGCAUCCACCCAUAACUGUCUUCCAGUGGCCAACCUGAGGUAUCAGGCAAGAGAAGUCAGUUGUGGGAGCAAGGCUCCUGACUUCAGUAGUGGUGGGGUAUUCUCUGGCAGGCAGAGAGGGGGUUCUCAAGACAGAGUUGUCAGGUAUUUUACCUUAUGCACUCCAAAAGCUUUUGCAGCCAGUGUCCUGAGGCCCAGAGGCUGUGUGCAUAUUUAAUCUAGGUCAAGACCUCUCUCCAUAUCCAUCUGUCCCAUCCUGUCUUGAAUUCUCUGCUUUCUUAAUCUGUUGAGGUUUUCCUUCCCAACUGUGGGAGCUGAGGUUCUCCAAAUCUCCAAAGGAGUGGUCAACUAUAGUCCACUAGACAGUUAGAAGGUAUGGGCCUGUCAGCUCAGAAAUCUUUUUUUUCCUACUGGUUUCCAGUAUUCCCAUUUGUCUGGGAAACAACAAUAUCAGAAUAUUGGUCACUGACCUGCUUUUCUAGUAGUAUUCUUGAGGAAGAUGGUGAAAAUCUUACUUAAAAAAAAUUCUAACAAAUGUAUUAUUUUCUAAAUGUCUGAAUAAGUUGCACUUUUAUUUUCUCUGAGAAAAUGCGAAAAAGAUCAUGUGCAAGUCACUGAGCAGUCUAAAACAAUGACAAAAGAAUGGAGAAAAAUAUGUUUGAAUACAGGCCUUACAAAGAGGAAGUGGCAGUUUUUUAACUGAUAGUAAUAAUGAGAUUGUAGUGGAGAGAAAUGUUUGUGGUUUAGAAAUAUAUUUGUAUUUUUGUUUAGUCAGCUGGCAGUAUGUAUCGCUUACUUAUGUAAUUGAUGUGCUGAUUUAGGAAAUAGACGUUUGUCAGCCCUUCAAAGUAUGCUGUCCUUGUAGCCUGUUUAGUUUUCCUGUAAUGUUGGGGGGAAGGCACAGACAUAGCAACCAGUGCAAAAAGUGAGAAAUGUUUUGAUAAAUUUCUACUGGUUUCAUAGAAAUUGAGUGUGGGACAAGUAGAGAGAAGAAAGCUUUUGUAUCAAAACUAAUGUGAUUAAAUAGUUACAGAUUCUUUUUGAAUACUCUUGCUUCUUACAGACUGCACAGUGGUCUGUUUAACCAGCAAAUAGGUCUUAAUCUCCUCUCAAUCAUUUCAGAGGUGCAAAUGUAACUUUUUAUAUGUAUUUUCUCUCCAGUUUAUUAUUGCAAUGGGUUGAUGUUCAGUAUGAGGCAGGGAAUCUUGGUGAAAAUACUCCUUUUGUAAUACUUUUUUAACAAAGCGAGUAUUUUAAAAGUGAUUUUUUUUGUUAUUGAUGAGGAAAGACCUAUUCUGGUUUGGCAUGGUUUUAUGAUGAAUUAUUUUUCUGUACCUCUAGGAAUGGGAGUAGUUGCCUUCCUCUUCAUAGCAUGCUGUUAUCUUAAAGACAUUGUGGACAAUACUGCGUAGAGAUGUUGCUACGAUAUGUCACAAAACAGGAUACCUCUCAUUCUGUUGAAGGUGAGGCAGUAAUGGUCGAGUAAGGAAAGGUCUUUGCCUUUGGAAUGUUUUGUUAAAUAAAACAUGACAGGAAACCUCUGACCUUGAGUCGCCUUUCUAUCUUGAGGUUAAUUUUUAUUUGAAACCUAAUUCAUCUCUGUGGGAUGAAUAUGGGACCUGGAGUCUCAUUGGAUGUAUGGAACCAAAUCUAUUCCUAUGUCCCAAAAUCCUGUGAUAGCCUGUUAUUUUUGCAAGUAAUUUUAAGCUAAUGUAUAUAGGUUUGUUUCUUUUUGGGUUUUUUUAAAUGCUUCUUGGAAAACAUUCUUAUUGCUUUCUAACCUUUUUCAUGUAUUUUGGAGAUACUCUCAAGAACUCUUACCAACUCUGGUGAAUAAGAAGGGUCAUAUCUUGCAGAGUGAUUUAAAUCCUCCUUUUAGCUUUCUGGGUUUUGUUUGGUUUUUUUUGUAUGAAGCAAGAACAUUUAUGUUUGGAAAGAUUUCUGAUCCUUAUCCUGUCACUGAAUAACAGUUUCUUAGCUUCCAUGUUUAGAACUCAUUUAAGAUUACAAUUUGGGUAAAACUGGACAUUAAAAGUGAGGAGAUAGACAUGUGUUAAAACAUAUUUGCAAACAAGCAAUAAAUACAGCAAAUACAAGAACCAAAAUAUACUCUCACUGUCUUAGAGUGUAAUUUUCAGACUUCCUGAAUCUUUGGUUGAUGAUAUAAUUAAGGUAUCUAUAGGUAAGAAUGCCUUCUUAUGUUUUUUCCUAAGUUUACUAUUUUAAUGCUAGAAUACAGUGGUUUGCACAACCAGCUAAUACGGUAGCUAGCCAGACAAGAAGGAUCUUAAACCAAAUUUUGUUUUCUUUUCCCUCUUAUUUUCAAUCCAGUUUUUGGUUUAAAUUUUACUUUUUCUCUUUUUUUGGUGUUAAACAAACAAUACAGUCUUAAGAAGAACUUAUUGUUAAUAACCUCACUUUCACAAUUUCAUGAGAAAUUAUGGAAAUUAAUCUUUGGCUUAUUCUGGUGCUCCCUCUAUUGAACGCAAUAGUAGAAAGUCAUGCUGCAGUUAAAAUGUGCAUUUGCUUUUGGUUUUUCCCAUGCUUGGCUUUUUUAAAGAGUUUUGUCACUGGUCAGAGGUGAAUACAACUUCUGAAAUUACCUACAUCGAACUUUAUUUUUUUACAUUGGAAGUAGUCACUCCCAGGCUAAGAGCUGUGUGCUUGAUUAACAAGUAACUUGCCACUGGUUAUUGGGUCUGAUGUAGCUACUGGAAUUAUUAUUGUUCCUUUCUAACAAAGACCUCCCAUUUUUUGCAACUGGAAAGUCUUCACUUCAUCAACAUUUGUAUACAAGAAAUACAUUUUACUUCUUUUUGUACAGAAGUGAGAAAACUUCCUUUUUCUGAUCAGGAACAUUAUUUUCCUAGUGAAAAUGGCUUCUUGAGCUUUGUGGUUUUGUUUGUUAGUGUUCUGUUUGGGGAUAUUGUUUAUUUUAGGUUUGGUUUUUAAGCCUCUCAGAUGCAUAAUAUAUAUGUGUGUGUGUGUGUUUGUGUUAGGUGCAUCCUGUAUGCCGAGGUGCCUUCCAUCUCACAUGUCUCUUUGCUGGGGCUUGAGGUUGGUUUUUUGGAGGGACCUCCUAAUUGUAGCUUUCAGUACUGUGUUUUCUGACAUGAGGCCAAAUACCAUCACAGGAAACAUUUUGUGUCCUUCCAUUACACCCCUGUGUUGAACCAUGCGCUAUCACUGCCUCUCCCUAUUUCUCCAUUAGGGUUUUGGCCCCAUCCCAUCUUUGUUGGUUAUUUAUUCUUGUUGCCAUACUAAAAAGUGUAAGGCAGAAAACCAUACACAUUUCAUUUUGUGCUUUGACUUAAAAGAUUUCCAAGCUAAAAGCGUAAUAUACAGCUGGGUGAAGUGGAAGUGGAGGUUGGCAGGAAAUAAGACAGUGAAAUUAUGCUUCUUAAUCUAAGUCAGAGGACAGAGGGAUAUUAGCUACUUGGUAAACUGUUGGCAUCAUAGGUAAGUUGGGGCAUAAAGAAGAAUUUGAGGAAUGUACAGUUACUUAAUUUGACAGAAUGGUUUGGGUUGGAAGGGACCUUAAAGGUCAUCUAGUUCCAGUCCCCCUGCUAUGGGCAGGGACACUUUCCACUAAAUCAGGUUACUCAAAGCCCCAUCCAGCUUAUCCAGUUUCUGGUUGGUUUGUUUUGUUUUACCCUGGACUACCUCAUUUGUAGAGAUAGAAUGGGCAGAAAGUCUAAGUUUUGGUAAGAAUUGCUUUGAGUAUACAGUUAAAUUUGGAAUGAGAUGGGAAGGCAGAGGCAAACUUGUAUUUGGCUCUUUGACAUGCAAAUACCUGAGGCAAACUUGUAUUUGGCUCUUUGACAUGCAAGUACCUGAUGGAAAAGUAAAACAAGCUAUUCAGUUUAUGAAGUUAAGAUUAUACUUGCUUUAGAUAUUUAUGUCUCCAAAAUAAACAAUAAACGACAAAGCGGGGCAAUUUUCUCGAUGUUUUCUAACCUGUGGAAGAGUUGAUUGUCCAGAAACAAAAAGGUGGAGAUUUCAUAUUGGUCACUACUGCAUUUAAAAAUGAUAGUCUCUUUUUUCCAAACUUUUUUUUUUUUUUUAUAAUCUCAUGUGCUCUUAAAGUGGAGCUGUAUGUGAUCCUGAUGUUUUUCCUGUAUUUGCAGUACUGUUUUCUUAGUGUAUCAGCUCCUAAUACAGUCCUUACUGUAUCUGAAUGCUAAUAAUGUGCAGGCAGCCCAAUAGCAUUAAUAUUAAGGAACUGUGACACGUUUUUAGUGUGCAGUAUAGUGGAUUUGUUAACCCAGCUUCAAAUGGGCUACUGGCUGUAGCUGAUGGAUCAGAUGGAUGCACAGCUAGAAAAAGGGGGCUUAGAACAAACCUGCAGGAGCAAUGCUAAAGUUGUAUUUGCUUAAAAUAAGCAAUUUGAGAAAUAAUCACGGAGGGAGGCAGGGGGAAGGCCCUUCAUUAAUCAGAAAUAGAUCUAUAAGAUCUUGUCCAUACUCAAAUUUUAGUUGCCGGGAUAGGUAGUGAGAAUGUACAUUGUGUUCAAUGUGGCUGAAAGCUCAACAUUAAGACAAGAAAAAUUAAUUUUAUAUAUGCUAUUUCAGACUGAUUAACACCGUCUCCCAUUCUACCUUGACUGUUUCAAUUCAGCAUUUUCUCAAGAACAGAUGUUGUGGCUGGAUAAAGCUGGACUCCUUGUCUUGGAGAGGCAUAUAGGUCUGAGAGAAGAAACAUUGCUCUUGAUCUUGAUCUUUUGUGUCUUGUGAUCUUAACUGGAGAGGUUAUAAUGGCACAGGAGGACAUGCUGGUUUUUUUUCCAAGCUUCAUUGAUGAGAAUGCUCCUAGCAGCAAUUGAAUUACAGAACAAACCUGGCUUCUGAUCAUUGUUUGACAUAGCUCAGUUGCACACUGAGCUUCUUGAGUCUAACUAUAUGGAGGUGAACAGAGGUUCUUCCUUGGAAUUUGUGAAUGUGGCCAAUUCUCAGCUUGGAUAAUUUGUUUUCUCCCAGGCCCAGUCAAUGUCACAAAAUCAGUUGUCACCCUCAACUGAUUGUGCAGAUACUCAUAGUAGGCUUGUUCUGUCUUGCAUGCUUUAGUGAGCAGCUCUUGCAGUGUCAACAGGGUUAGCAUUUGUAUCUGAGCAGAGCAGCUAAUAUCUCUGAGCUGGCUUUUUAACACUGCAUCUCAAGCAGUUGUUACUCCAUCAGUUCUGCCAUUGCUCUGUUUUCAAGGUUAUCUUGACAACUAUAAUAUCCAGGUACCCUAGACUGUAAAGAAUAUAGCCACAGGAAAAGUAAAAAAGAAAGCAUACUUAGGAGUGUUUGCCAGUUGAACUGCUUGAAUUUGGCCAGUGCUCUUGGCAGAGAGUAGGAUCGAUUCUUUUGCAGCGUAGAUCUCUUUGGGGGAUGGCUAGGUUUGAACUGCAGAAUAUACCUAGAUUCACCUAGUCCAUAGGCACUGGUUCCCAUCACGUUUGGCAGUUAUAAGAAGAUACCACAUAAACCCAUGAGCAUCUAGUAAUAAAAGUUUGUAUUAAGGGUAAUUACCUUUCAAGUUAAAAGGGAAGAGGCCUCAAUUCAGAAAGCUCUUCAUCAAAUACUUAAACAUCAUUGAAGUCAGUGGAAUGUAUUUGUGGGUCAAAAUGCACAAGACCCCAGUUGAGCAAAGCUCUUUUACUCUGAACUGGGGGAUUGUCGUCUAGAGACUAAUGGUGAAGGACCAGGUUCUUACCUUGAUUGUCAGAGUAAGGAGUCAGUUAACCUGAGGAAAAUGUUCCUCAACAAGUCCCUGGGUAAAUGCUGGUUUGAUUGCUGACUCCUGUGGCCUUUCCAUGGCUGCACAUGCCAUGCCUAUUACUGCUACUUCUAACCAUAAGCAGGGUAAGCUUUGCGAAUGUUUUCUGACCUGGGAUGAAAGAGCAACAACUUCUGCAUUAGCAGAUUGCUAGCUGUAAAGGGACAGUAAGUGGUGACUGGAGGCUGUGUGUGCAUAUGGCAGUUUAACCUGAGGCCUAUUCUCAAGUGUUUCUUCUCCAUUUACAAAUGCAUCCCUCCAGGCUGGUGGACAGACCUGGCAAGUUCAGCAGUGAUCAAUAUCCACCACUUUUACUAGAGUUCCAGAAUUCUUGUCUGUCAGCUAUUGGCACAGCACAUUGUGCUGCUAUAUUUAAUUUCUUUGUCAUAAAUUCAGGACAAACUGGAAAUAUCUGAGAUAUUUUGCCUGACUUAAGUUGAGGGGCUUAUAUGGAGUGAGCAGGCAACAGUGGUGGAAAAAUCAGGGAAAAUACCUGUGCUUUAAACAAUGUCUCUUCUGUGGCUUUGAAAGUCCAAGAAUUUCUCAGCCGGAGAAUGUAUUUCCUCCUUCUUUUUAUAAGCUACUUCUUUCUUUUGCCUUAUUAAUUGUGGAUCUGCUCCUGCUUCUAUUUCAAACCAGAUGCAAAAAUCAGUGACCUGACUUUCCUAGGUACGAUGUUGUAAAUCUGAAUAACCAGGUGAGUAGAUUUCUCUAGUGUAAGAUCAUGCCCCCAUGUCUGAUCCUUUGAUAUGUGGGUAGUUCCUGCUUGUGUUGAAAUCACUGUGUGGAGGGUGUUGGGUACUUCGUAAGGAACUCCAAACUCUGUAGGACUGGGAUUCAUCUUACAGCUCAAGUAUUUCAGUCUGGUUUUGGAGACCUCUGUAUCAGUCUUCUCUUCUGUUUAUGGUGUUCAAAAGUCUGUUGCUACAGAAGUAGCACCUGAAGGUAUGUUUUGCCCGAAGAACCUGCAAUGAAGCAGUAACAUUACCAAAUGGCAGUGUACCCCAGAAUUGAGUAAAAAAACAGAGGCCACCAAGUUUUUCUUGUUUGUGUGAUGAAAUGUUGUCAAAUUAAGUGAUUUGUUGGAGCCUUCCUUUAACUUCUGUACUGCAGUAAGCUUAGAGGAAAAGAAGAUUGCAUUAUUUUUUAAAAAGCUUUAUUUGUGACCUGGACUUGUUGCCUCUGACCCCCUUGGGCUUAAAUAGUUAAAUUAUAUUAAUGUCCAGUUUGUUUCACUGUAGGUAACACAUCAACUGAAUACUCUUGUGCAUAAUCUACUGUAUCUUUCCUCUGUUCUGUGUCAAUGUAUUAUGUGUAUUUGGAUUACAGUUCUUUUUGUAUUAAAUUAUUUUAUGUUAUAGAACAAUAUUUAAGUGAAGCAAAGAGCUAAUGGAAGUUGUUGACGUUUUGGGAUUUCUUUGCUCUUUGCUCUUUUUUUGGAUGUACUGUAAAUUGUAAACCAAGGAUGCCAAGCAGGCUUGGUUCAAUGGCUAAAAUUAUUGUAUUACAGUGUAAUGCUGAUCUAGGCCUUGUCUCAACACUAGAGCACACAGACUUGAAUAAAACUGUUAUAAAAG